AAGAGGCCUGGAUUCCCAAAGUGAAACAUGGCCAACAACGGCUCGGAGAAAAGCACCCCCAAGGACCAGCAGUCGGAAAUGGGCCUCGGCCAGCCGCAAGUUGCCCUCCGACCCCUGUCUCCGGCGGUCGACACUCAAUGGAAGGCCGUCUUCUACGAGAGCGUCCAGCCGAGGGCUUUGCACCUCCAGGACCGGAGGGUGGCCAAGCGCCACCAGGACAAGAGGCUGGAAGAAAAGGUGGAGAAGAAAGAGCCUCCGGACGGUCUGGCCCGGGACUGGUUCGACGACGAAAGGGCCACCCUGGGGACCCGGGCUUACCUCUUAGACAAGCUCCUUCCCACCUUGGUCCCGGGAGUGGAGAAACUGCUCCGGGUGGCGGAGAGGAAGCAAGCGCUGGGGACAGAAGGCCUGGAGCCCCACAAGUUCGACCCCAUUAACUUCUUGGGAGAGUACCUGAUGAGGCACAACCCGGCCUACGAGAUUUCGGCACAACCGGGUCCCUACACACGAGGGAUGAAAACCGUCACCGAGGAGCUGAAGAGCAAGGUGCCCCAAACAACCCCGCACAAGGUGGCUGAGAUGAAGACUCUGGUGGAAGAAAGGCGCCAUCAGCGGGAGGAAGUGGACCGGAUCAAGGACAAACUGAGGAACAUACGCAAGAAGGCGUUGUCCACGCAGUUCAGAGAGUGGACGCGGGACACCACCGGACGGAUCCCCCUCGCACUGAUCCAAAGUGCCCUGAAGUCAUUCCUGGAGGUUGUCACUGGAGCACCCAGAGACUCUGAGGCAGGAAUCUAUGCCAGGCCCCUGGAAGCCGUGGGAACACUGGAAGUGAAGGUGAACCGGGAGGAGUGUACGGAGUAUCUUCUUUCUUACGUCAAGAACUUCAACAGCGACCAGUUUGAGCAGCUGCUGAAGCAUCUCCUCCAGUGCGCCAACGACGCCCGAAACGCCAUCCGGCACGAUGUCUGGAGGUGGAUGUUCGUCCAGCUCUUCUUUGACUGCGAUCCUGGACAGGUGGGGCUGCUGGACAGACCGCGGGUGUUUUCCUUACUGGAAUUCUACUAUGACAACACCUUGCAGCUUGCCAGGAAAGGCUAUCGUGACCCAAAGAAAUGGCCCAUGGUCGAAUUGCAUGAUAUUGAACUGACUGAGUUUUGGGGAAAUAUGGAGGACGAUGUGCCCGUUUUAGACGAACCCGGACCAACAACGCCCAAGAUGGGAUUAUCCGAGGAGGCCAUAAUGCUCAACGAGAUUCUGAAGGGCAUCCUCUCCGAUAUGGAAUUGGAGGUGCCAACAACGCCGGAAACCUCUGAAGGCACCAGCCCAGAGCUACCUGGGCCGGAGCCGACUGUGGCAGAAGGCAGUGAGACCGUUCCAGUGACUGACGUAGGGGAACAGGCAGAAACACCUGGCGAAGCAAUGGUUCAGGAGGAACGGGCCCCCGAAGAUGAGCCAACGGAUGGAGAAAGUGCCAGACCUGUGGAUGAAGGCGGUGGACCCGAAGCCAUCCCAGCCAUUCCUGAGCUGAUUGUGGAAGGAGAGGAGGCCGAUGGAGGUGAGCAGCCAGAAAAACCCACUCCGCUUUCUCUCCCUGAGCCAGGCGAGCCAGAGUCGUCUGUUCCCACGCCAUCCCUCUCUCAGACAGCCAUCACCCUCCAGCAGUUUCUGGACCAAGAGUUGAGCCCCGAACUAGAGGCGGGCUCCGAGGAGAAAGCUCCCGAUGUGCAAGAAGAGGCCAGGGAAGCAGAGAAGGAUGCUCCCCAGGAGGAAGAGCAUGGAGAGGAAAGGGAGGCAGGCGAUGCAGAGACGCAAUCGCUGGAAGGCGAAGAGGAGCAACCUGCGGCAGAGCUGAGAAAACCGUCUAAGGAGAAGGCACCAGAGAUGCAGCUGUUGUCCACCCCUAAACCUGCCAAGGGACACAAAAGGGCACCGCAGCUGAUCUACGGAGAGCGCUGGUCCGGUGACUUUCGGACUGCCGACCUCUGCUUCAAGUACACCGAUUAUGGGAAGGAAAUCCGGGAGGACUGGAACAACGAAAACUCCAGAUUUCCAGACCUGCGCAUGAACAUGAUCGAGAUCCAAGCCCGCGGGCCCCCUUCCUCCACCAGUGCUUUCGAGAAGGACUCCCUCAACCUGCCGCAGUUUGUCCAGCUCAUGGAGACUUUUGUCGGUGAGGAAACGUCUCUGCUGAACCUGAAGAAGGUAGUGGCAUUUGUGAGGAGCGGUUAUGUGCAGACGGAGAAUGAGAAGAUCAAGCAGCUGGAGAGAAUUCACAACAGCUCUUUCUUGGCCUGGCAACAACUUCUCUUAGCUGGCCUCUUUGAGAAGUGGGACAAUGAAAGCUCUGGGUUUUUAGAUAUGAAGGAUGUGGAUGCCGUUCUCUCUACCUUUAAGGAAGGGAUGGAGGAAGAGGCCUUGACCAAAGCCAAACUCCAGCUCCCCAUACCUCAGUGGCAUCCCAGCGGGAUCGUGAAGUUAACCCAGAAAGACUUCCAAGUAUACAUUGAGCUGGUGGUCUCUGAGCUGGCGGGCAAUGAGGACGAAGUCCUGGACAACAUUGUGGAAUUCCUCAUGAUGGCCGUGGAGUGGAGCCACGUGGAGCGCCUGCGAGGGAACGCCCGCCGCAAGUGGCUCCUUGGGAUCGAGCACGUGGCCAGGACCAACGGGGGAUGCCUGGAACCCGUCUACCAGGCCCUCUUCAAGACCCUCGCCCGGGACGCAGAUGCCCACGGAGACGGCAAGAAAAUCAGUGCGCACGUCGCCCUUUUGGAAUACAAUCUGAUUAACCCGUCCCGGGGAGAUAUUCUCCUCCACUACGUGGCCUGCACCGAAGAGGAUGCUCCUUAUGUCCUCAACCACAACCUUUUUAUGGAUAUGAAAGGAAUCAGCUUUGCUGCAGCAUUCCAGGACAAGCCCAUCCACGUCCCCAGAGUUCAGCUGCAUGGGAAUAUCCAGUUCUGGAACUACGACCGGCUCCCCAAAGACAGGAUGGGCUCCUUCUUGGUCCUCCCGCUUGAAGACGUCCGAAGAAGAGUCUUUGGCGUUCUGGGGUUGGACACCCUUCGGGACAAGAGCGACCAAACCAUCUUCAUCCCCCAUGAAAUCCGUUUCUAUCAGGGGGUUGCAAACGCGUUCAGCAUCGCCUACCACCACACUCGCACACAGGACAGCCUCAUGCAGGUGAUCAUCACAGGAGUGGGGUGGCUCUCCACCCGGACGGCCAGCCUUCAGACCAUCACCGCUUACUUUGUGGAGCCAGGCGAGGACCGGAUGCAUGACUACACUCUGCGCAAAAUGAUGACUUCGGAUCUGAAAGAGAAAUUGGAGGUCCACCCGCCUCCAGCUCCUGUGCUCAGCAGGAAAGACAAUUUCUUUAGCAACUACCUGUUCAAGUGCAUCGACUGCUCCAUGGUGGUCAGAGCUGGCAUGUACGAAGAGCAUCGCAUUGCCGUGCCACUGAGGAACCCCAUGGGUUAUGCCAUCAUCGUGUUUGACCUCAACCUCGGGCGUCGCCAUAAGCUGCCCUCUUGCGAGUACAAGGACCUGCAGAAGAUGCUGAAGAUGGUGCAGGCGGCCACCUGCGAGAUCCUGAAGGAGGAUUCGGGAGAGCUAGACCCAUACUAUGUCUUAGAGGCCGAAUAUGUCGGGGACUGGAGGCGCGGGGGAGUCCUCUUCUACCGAUUCAUGCUCCAGGACUUGCAGAACUGCAUCUGGAAUCUGGACCCGUGGACUUCCUUUGGCGAAAUCCGAUGUUUCGAACAGCCGCCUCCCUUGGUGCAUACAAUACUGAAGUCUGUCUUGUUGGUGCUUUACCCACAAUGGGCCGGCACCGAGGCUGUUGAGAACUGGAAUUGCUGCAUACAGAAACUCGAUGGAGAGCUUAUCGAAAACAUUUGCUACUUUGACCCAACCGCUGCCUAUGUGGAAAUUCGGCCAGAGGUUCUGUACAGCUGCCUCAGAGGCGCACGCAGGCAAGAUGUGUGGAAGUUUGGCUCUGCGCCGUUGGAGCACCUGUACAACUGGACCCACACCUGCCUGUCGCUCAUAGAGCUGGCGAAGAAGCUCCAGCAUCGCCAAAGCACAGCCCAUUCCUCCUCGGUGCUCCUGACCCCCAACCUCUCUCGCUCACUCCGGUCGUCGCAGAUAUCGACCAACCGGACCAGUUCUCUGGCUUAAAUCGGCGAUUGGUAUUUUAAAGUGUAGUUUCAAAUUUUAAGAAUACGAAUACUGGAAGAGAACGAAAAUGCUUCGGCUUCAGGCGGAGACGCAAAGAGAAAAGCGCUUCCGGGUUUGUUUUUGAUGCAAUAAAGCUCUAAGUUAGUUCGCAUCUUCGAACAGAUCCAUCCAUAGAUGCUUUUGCUGCAGUGGAUAGACACUUGUGGCCUCAUGGGACCAAAUGGCUUGAACCCAAGUCUUGUUUAAUUCUGGAGACAGAAAGGAUCAGAAGUGACUGAAUGGUGUUUUUAGAAGUGCUUUUCAGCUUAGCAGGAUGAAAAACAGAGCAAGUCCCAUGAAAAACACACCUGGACUCCCCUCUCUUAAGGCGACAACCGGCUUUCCUACCAGCUUGAGGUGACAACACACAACUCCAGCGAUUUCAUCUCAGCAAUCAUUUAUCUUUUGGCAGGAUCUUUUUUUAAUAAAAUUUGGGGAAAUUAAAAACUCCCUCCUACAGUUCUGUGCUUCUUUUUUCUUUUUUAGCUGACAAAAACACACACACACACACACACAAAACAAUGGCGUAUCUGCCAGAUAUUUUGUAAUUUGAGAGUAUAGGUUGCUUUUAAAGUUCCUUGAUAAAUGGAUUGCGGCGUUAUUACAAUUUGCGAUUCUGUCGGUGAUCUGCUUCAACAGCAGCAAGGGAAUAUCCGGAACAAGACGGAGGGAGACGUUUUGAAGUAUCUUAGGGUGAUAUUCUGGGAACAGUGUCUUCUUAGCAAUAGGUUGAUAUCAAAAAGUAUCUACACUACUGAAAUUAAUCCGGUUCGACACCACUUUAAUGCCAUGCCUCAAACUGGAUUGUUUCUGCAGUGUGCAU